AUGGAAGCCCCUCUAUACUAUUCGUCCAAAGGGUCAGAAAAUGCUACCGCCUUCGUCAACGGACGAGUAUACACCAUGGACGAUGCGCAACCAUGGGUUGAAGCCUUUAUCGUCAAUCCCGACGGCAAGUUUGAAGCCGUCGGCUCGAACGAGGAGAUCAGAACCAUUGCUAAAAGAAGAGGGCUCGUUCAGUACCAACUACAAGAGAAAUUCGUCAUGCCCGGUAUCCACGACGCCCAUACUCACCUCUUAGCGGCUGGAUGCCAGCGCACUGGGGAAGCGCACGUCGGCUGGGAUAGCACCGACAAGACUCUCGCCAGCAACAUCAAGUCAGCUUCCUGUGCCUGCGCUUUUUCAAACGUCAUGGGCAACUGGAUUAUAGGCAACUUUUACCAGGCAAGCAACUUUGCCGAUGGCAUUCCCGACAGAAAAUACCUUGACGAGCUUUACCCGGACGACCCCGUGAUCGUGCGCGAAAUUUCCUGCCAUCGAAUCCUCGUGAACACUGCUGGACUGCGUGAGAUGGGUAUCGACGACGACGUCAAGGACCCGCCCGGGGGUUUCUUCUUUCGUCGACCUGAUGGCACACUCACCGGAGAGAUUGUCGAGGCUGCAACAACUCCAAUCUGGCGUGGUCUACCGCGCACUCCACUCAGCUAUGCCAAGACUGUCAUCGAGUUUGCCAUGUCUGAAUGUCAUAGGUAUGGCAUUACAUCCGUGCAAGAGGCAUCGGCCAACACCGUCUAUCUACACGCCGUGCGUGAGCUGGAAGCGGAGAAUCGCCUGCCUCUAAACAUACACACACACAUUGUUGCCGCACCGGAGAAAGCUCACGAGCGCGAGGAAUCACUAGCAGCUCUGCUCAAUGUUGCAGAAGCUUUUGAGAGCAAACAUGUUCACACGAGCUUUGUCAAGUUCUUCCUCGACGGCGCUCCGCUUCCUCCACAGUCCACCCAAUGCGAUUUGAACGACCAUGGAGCGCCCGAUGCUAAGCAUUUGCUGUUGAGCUACGACAAGCUACUCGAACAACUUCUCAAAUACGAUGCUCGGAGCAUGACAUGCAAGAUCCACGCCGCAGGCGAGGGAAGCUUGCGGCUUGCGCUGGACGCCUACGAGGCUGUGCGAAAGAACAACCCCAACGGUCCCAAGCACGAGCUUGCGCACUAUGACAUCCCACGGAUCGCGCGCCUGGGCCUUACCGCCGAGAUGUCCCCAGCAAUUUGGCACCACCCCAUUGUACAAGCAGCGCCCCAUCUGCUCAAGUGGCCCUUCAACGAUAUUCUGGCUACAGGCGCUCGUAUGACGAUUGGCUCGGAUUGGAUCUUGACUCCCAACCCAAGUUUGUUCGACCCACUUGCACACCUGGUGGAGAGACUUGAAGUGCCUGAAACACCAGCCCAUGAGGGAUUGAACAAGAAGCAGAUAGCCGCUGUAACGCUCUGCCGUAUGAUCACGUUGGGAGGUGCAGAAGCGGUGGGCAGAAGCCGCAUGCAGGGCAGCAUUGAAGUUGGGAAAAUGGCGAACUUCAUUGCUGUUGAUCAGGACUUGAGCCAAGGAGAGUUUGCUGGAGCAACGGUCUUAAAGACCUGGUUUGAGGGACGACAGGUAUAUAGCUCUGUGCCGGGCCAGUUGGGAUUGAAGUCUUGA